AUGGGGAGAGUGUAAGCAGUGAUGAUGAUGCUGCCUGCUGCUGCGUGUGGGUUUGUUUACCUGCUGCUCUGCUGUGAGGAGACAGAAUCCACCGCCAGGCCCAUCACUCGCUACGCAGACUGUCAUCUUACCCUAUAGACGAGGAACAGAGCUGCGCUGUUAGGAUCAGAGAUGUACUAGUCUGUCUGUACAUCAGUAGCAUGCGGCCGGAUGUGGAUCAGCCCUUCUACAGGCAUCCGCUGUGCUGUGUCACUCGCCACCAUGCUGCUUCAUUUAGUAGCGGCUAUGCUAAUGCUACUAUCUACAGGUUGCCUGUAGCAUUCACUGGAUAAAGCUCGUAGAGGAAGGCCCAGGCGGGGCCGUGGAGUGGCUCAGUACAAGGGUGUGUGUGUGUGUGUGUGUGUGUGUGUGAGGGUGUGUGUUCUCACCACCACCACCCCGUGCCUCUCCUCCCCCCCUGGAGAAGGCUAGCAGAAUCAGGAUGUCGGAGGCUAGAGAGCGUAGCCCCCGUCACCAGAGGCCCUGGUCAGUGUACCGGGCCAACACCUUUGACCUCUCCUCUGAGAUGAUCGGCCUGGCGCUCGCAGGGAACAGCCAGGAUCCAGAUGAGCCUGUUCUAGAGUUCAGUGUGGCCUGUAAUGAGUUGGUGACCCCAGCUCUGGAGCGGAAACCCAACAGCUUUGUGGCAGUGAGCUGCACCACCCCUCCCCAGGCCUUCUGGACCAAACACGCCCAGACUGAGAUCAUCGAGGGCACCAAUAACCCUAUAUUCCUGAGCAGCAUAGCCUUCUUCCAGGACUCUCUGAUCAACCAGCAGACGCAGGUCAAGCUGUCUGUGUACGACGUCAAGGACCGCUCUCAGGGCACGAUGUAUUUAUUGGGCUCAGCUCUGUUUCCUGUGAAGGAGCUGCUGCAGGAGAAGAACCACAGGUUACACCUGACCCUGAGAUCAGCAGAGAACAAGCAGGUGGGGAACAUUACCAUCAUCGCCUGGCAGAUAGAGGAGAAGAGGGACCAGAGGACACUGCCUGUUGCCAGGUUACCAGACACCAUCAACGGCAGGACCGUGCUUCCGGUGGAUGAGAGCCUGACAGAAUCCAUGGGCGUCAGAGCCAAAUAUGCAUCUUUAUGCAAAGAUACCCUGCUGAGAUCAGUGUUUGGAGGCACCAUGUCCAGGAUGUACCGUUUCCCCACCACGGACGGUAACCACCUGCGGGUGCUAGAGCAGAUGGCUGAAAGUGUGUUGUCUCUCAACAUCCCCAGACAGUAUGUCAAACUGCUGCUGGAGGAGGACGCUGUCAGGGUUUGUGAGCUGGAGGAGCUGGGGGAGUUGUCACCAUGCUGGGAGAACCUACGGCGACAGAUAGUCACUCAGUACCAGACCAUCAUCCUCACCUACCAGGAGACUCUCUCUGACCUCACCAACUACAAGGGUCCGUCGUUCAAAGCCAGUAACCUGAAGGCAGAGAGGAAGCUGGAGUUUAUACCCACCAACCUUCAUGUCCAGAGGAUGAGGGUGCAGGAUGAGUCUGGUUUUGACCACACGUAUGACGUGGUGACCAUCGGGGCUCCCGCCGCCCACUGCCAGGGCUUCAAGAACAGCGGCCUACGCAAACAAAUCACCAAGUUCGAGGAGGCCAAGAAACACGUUUAUGAGGAAGAAUGCAGUGCCCUGUCCAGCUGCCAGUCCAUAGUGUACAUCCCCCAGGACAUCGUCCGGGCCAAGGAGAUCAUCUCCCACAUCAACACCCUGAAGACCCAGGUCAGCUACUACGCUGAGAGGCUGUCCCGCGCCGCCAAGGACCGCUCUGCCAACGGUCUGGAGAGGACCCUUACCAUCCUGGCUGAUAAGACUCGCCAGCUGGUGACGGAGUGCGACUGCAAGCUGCUGGCCUCAGCCAUCCAGGCACUGAACGCUGCGCGCCCCGAGUACAUCGCCUCCAAGGCGUCUCCCACCGCCGACGCCGCCGAUCAAGUAGUCCUGCGCAACGACCAGGACACGCUGCUGGCCAAGUGGAGCGUAUGCAACAGCCGCUCCUCGCUGCACGACGACUGGCACGAGGAGGAGUGGGAGAAGGUGUGGCUAAACGUAGACAAGAGUCUGGAGUGCAUCAUCCAGCGGGUGGACAAGCUCCUUCAGAAGGACCGUCUGCCUAACGACAGCAGCAAGGGGGACACUACCCCAGGCGACCAGCAGGGCGGCAGCAGUAAGAAAGGUAACCAGAGUACCAGGGCAUUCUGGAUCAACCCCGACUGCAUGACCCAGGAGGAGCCUUCAUCACCACCAUCCUCACCAUCAUCAUCCUCCCUCCUGCCUGCUCUCACCCUGAGUCUGACUCAUGCAUGCCCACCCAGCCCUGACAAAAACCCAUAUGGCAGCCCCAGUGGCGAGGAGGCUUUCCCAGGGGAGUGGAGCGAGGCGCUGUACCCUCUCCUCACCACGCUGACAGAGUGUGUGGCUAUGAUGAGUGACAAGGCUAAGAAGUCCAUGGUGUUCCUAUUGAUGCAGGACAGCGCUCCUACCAUCGCCAUGGACCUCUCCCUGCAGUACAGACGAGACGUGGUCUUCUGCCAGACGCUCACUGCUCUCAUCUGUGGCUUCAUCAUCAAGCUGAGGAACUGUCUCCGUGACGAUGGCUUCCUAAGGCAGCUCUACACCAUCGGCCUGCUGGCCCAGUUUGAGUCUCUGCUCAGCACCUAUGGUGAGGAGCUGUCCAUGUUGGAGGACAUGUCGGUUGGCAUCAUGGACCUACGGAACGUUACCUUCAAGGUGACCCAGGCAACCUCCAGCUCCUCCCCCGACAUGCUGCCUGUCAUCACCGGCAACCGGGACGGCUUCAACGUCCGCAUCCCGUUGCCGGGGACCAUGUUUGACGCGUUGCCGCGGGAGAUCCAGAACGGCAUGCUGCUGCGCGUCCAGCCUGUGCUCUUCAAUGUGGGGAUCAACGAACAGCAGACGCUGGCAGAGAAGUUUGGAGACACGUCUCUGCAGGAGGUCAUUAACCUAGAGAGUCUGGCCAGACUCAACUCCUACUAUGAACAGUUUAAGGAGGUCCUACCUGAGGACUGCCUGCCCAGGUCCCGUUCCCAGACGUGUCUACCAGAGCUUCUGAGGUUCCUGGGACAGAACGUCCACGCCAGGAAGAACAAGAACGUAGACAUCCUGUGGCAGGCAGCAGAGAUCUGUCGUCGUCUGAACGGCGUGCGUUUCACCAGCUGUAAGAGUGCUAAGGACCGCACAGCCAUGUCCGUCACCCUGGAGCAGUGUCUGAUCCUACAACACGAACACGGCAUGGCCCCACAGGUCUUCUCCCAGGCCCUCGACUGCAUGCGCAGCAUUGGGACCAGGGAGGGGGUCACCCAGAAGAACCUGAGUGGCCUGUUGCCUGUGCGUGACUUCAGGCUGGACCCCAGCCUCCUGUACUCCCUGCCCCUGCUGGCCCUCAGCCCCAACCUGCUGGUCGUCUGGCUGUUCCUCAGCGUCGCCUACUUCCUGGCCAAGCUCCGCUGCAGCUGAACGCACAGCCCCUCUACCCAACUCUGCCCCACAGACCCACCUACUCUCAAACUCCACUCCCCUCUUCUCUCUGCCCGUUCCCCCCAGUGUGUCCAACAGUCAGGAAGAAAGGCAAAAAGUUAUUCUGUCAGUCAAGGAGGAAGACAGGGAGUCAGUCAGUCUCUCUCUCUGUCAGUCUGUCUGGAGCUCAGCCGGGAGAACCCUCUGAUAGGUCGAGGGCAGACCAUGUGUACAUGACUGGACUGUAUGUGCGUCACUCGGCUAAACUGACAGCUGUUCCACCCAAUGGGCAGCCACCUCUCCAGCACUCCUCCCGCCUUGCUCUCUGUCCUAACCAAUCCAGUCAGAGCAGGAGGCUGGUCUAAAGGUCUAUGUGCAGUACUGUAUGAGACUGUUACUGUCAGUGUUCUGACAUAUUUCUCAUUUUAACACCCAUUGUUUUACAACAAUCAAAUACAAACUGAGAGUAUGGAGAGAAACUUUGUGAAAUAUAGCCGCUAAGAAGUUUUAACUGAAUUUAAGUUUUGUCACAGUUGUCCUUGAGUAUUUAUAAUGCUGCUUCCCAACUCAUGACAUGAUUAUAACCAUGCUAAUAUGAUAAUAUGACAUCAUGGAUCCUUUGGUUUUGCACAGAGCUUAUUUUCAGUCAUACAAAUGUUCUGGCUUGCUUGAUGUUUAUGUCUUCCAUAAGGUUUGCAUACAGCAUAAGCCAAGGGAAGGCUUGGCUGUGCAAUAUCAAGCUGCUAAUGUUUUGAUAUGGCAGCCAUUUUGUUGUUCUUCCUCAGGUCUUCCUACUCUUACAGCAGGAGAGACUCGUGUCGCUUUCACUUAAACCAAUGCACUUUUUAUCAACGUUGUCGUCGUCUUAAUGAAGAUUAUUAUCUUGUCUUGCCAAUUGACACUGUUUAAUCUUGCGUCGGAGCAAUUUGAAUUGGCUAAAUCUGAUUAUGCAGUGUAGAUAUAUAUCACUUGCUGGAUAGCAUUUAUUAUUGGACAGUAUUUUGAGGAUUUUUCGCAAGUGUUUAUUUUUCAGUUUAUCAGAUUUCGUGUCGGUACAUAGUUCCCUAUUUACUACAGAGUUUGUAUAUAUGAAUUAGUUAUUUGUUUGAGAACCUAUAAGGGUUGCAGUUAUAGGGAAAUGACAGAGAAGAUGAAGAGAUUGUACAUGGGCAAACCUCAAAUGGCACCCUACGACCAAAUGAUGCACUACCUCUGACCAGUAGUGCACUAAAUAUAGGGGAUAGGGGAUGAUUUGAGACACAGCCCAUGCUUGUUGUGCCAAAUGCUUUAGCCAGGUCUCAGAUAGUAGAUACAGGUCUUGGAUCUUUAUUCCAGGUCAAAGUGGGACUUCCAGAGCUCCCAGCAGCCCAAAUCCAACCCGCUUCCACAGAGAAGUGCCCUAGAAAGGGAGAUUUGAUUGCAAACACUUUGGGUUACUUCCAAGCCUUGCACUUUGGGCUUCCUGGUCUCUGCCGAGAGUCCAUCCACCAUUAUCAUAUACAGUCGCCGCUAUCUACUCCCAUAAAAAUAUGAUUAGCCAUCUAAUUGUAUAUGCACUCAUUAAUACAGUGGGGAGAACAAGUAUUUGAUACA